ACUGAUUCUGGCACCAUACCAUACCUUUCAGGCCUUUGUGCUGUAAUAUAGAAGUAGCCCCGUGAAAACAAACUCAACUGCAUUCGCUGUCGUAUUUUAAUUGAAUUUAAGCGGAGAGCAGCUCUCGCGUUCGUCUAGUCGCGCUUGGUCAGUCGUGAGGUGACAGUAUUGCAACUAAAAUGGAUUAUGAGCCAUCCGAAAAGAUCAUUGAUCGCUACCAUGUCAUCCGUAAAUUGAGCUGUGGCGACUACUCUACUGUUUGGCUGUGCUGGGACUUGCAGGCAAUGAGAUAUGUGGCAAUUAAAAUUUUCAAGUCGGCACCGCACUUUGACAAGACGAUAAGGCUGGGUCCAAUACCGCGGUACAUUUUGUUAAACGCCACCUAUGCGGCGAAGUCGUUUACCCGUUCCUGCGAGCUACGAAAUAUCUCGGGCCUUAAGCCCUGGGGCCUAAUGGACGUUCUUCUGGAGAAGUACGAGUGGUUGCAAAAGGAUGCGGCGUCAUUCGCUUCGUUCCUUAAGCCCAUGCUCGAGCUCGAUCCGAACAAGCGUGCCACCGCUGCGGAGUGUCUGCAGCACCCGUGGCUUAGAUAAGAUACGAUGCAACCUGGUUGUUGACUGCGUGCCACCCAGCCAGCAACAGCAGAUGGAGGGGGAGCUCUAGCAGGAACCGGAACAGGAAAAGGAACAAGAGCAAUAGCACUAAAAGGUGGAGCACCGGCAGUAACAGCAGACGGAGAAGUUGGCAGGGGCUAUAUAGAAUCUUCGGCAUCGGUGGCUACUUUGGCUUCCAUCUCAUCAAUUGCUUCCAUAUCGGCUGCAGCAAUGGCGGCACUGAAGGACCGACCUUGUUUGGUUGCACCCUUCGUAACCACAGCCUCAGCACCACCCACUUCACAUCCCCACGCAUCCAUUUCGACAAAAACGAUUUGGACUUGGUUGAGGACUUGGGUGUGGCACUUGCUCAAAUAGAGGACCCGCAGACACCCACCAAGAACAAAUCGCAUCGCUUUUUCUGGCGCAAGGCACUGCGACGUGUCUUCCAGCGUCGUAAGAUGCAUCUGCGCCUGCUGUGCAAGAUCCACUGCGUGCAGCCCGCGUGGCCCUGCUCAGCUGCAUCCGCUGGCGAACCCUGGCAACAUACGCAACAACAACUUUUACUUCAGCAACCACCAAAGCAUCAGCAACCAGCCAGCAUUACAGCAGUCUCCGUGAUCCAGUUAACUCAAUUAAAUUGAAAUUAUAAUAUUGUAUUACCGCCUACACGAACACGUCCCCACGAAUCCUAUACAUAGGCUCGACAGUUCUCGA